AUGCCGCUAAUAAUAAUAUCUGGCCUGCCCACCUCGGGCAAAUCGACUCGGGCUCGACAACUCGAGGCCUACCUUCGCGCGCGAAUCGAAGGUAGUGAAGCUAGUGGGACCAGCGCCAGUGGGCCACCCAAGUACCGUCUUCACGUUGUAUCGGACGAUUCCCUCGCCAUUUCGCGGGCCGUGUACGAUCUCUCGUCCGUGCCGGCGCACGCCCGGUCGGCCAACGCAUCAGAGAAAGACGCGCGGGCGGCGAUAUACGGGUCUGUAAAGAGAGUGCUCUCGGAUAGAGACAUUGUGAUCCUAGAUGGGAUGAACUAUAUCAAGGGAUGGAGAUACCAGUUGCACUGCGAGGCCAAGGCCGUGCGGACACCGAGCGUAGUGCUGCAGAUCGGCUGUGACCCGGAAAAGGCCAAAGGUGUAAACGAGGAGAGGCUAAGAAGGCGGGCCGAACAAGAGGGUGCGACGGACGAAGAUGAACAAAAGGGGCCGGCAGAGAAGGGUGAAGCCCUUCCGGAAGGCUACGCCCCGGCCAACUGGGAGAACUUGGUUUUCAGAUACGAGGAGCCGAACCCCAUGACGCGGUGGGAUAGUCCGCUCUUCGCUCUCGUGUGGGAUGACGGAGAGGAGAGGACGAAGCAGGUCUUUGACCAGCUCUGGGACGCCAUUGCGGGGAAGGGCGCAAAGUCAUAA